AUGUGUUACUGUAAGAAGGCCCUUCGUAUUGAUAGGGAAAUCAUUUCCUGCUUGGAGAAGAAUUUGAUUGACAUACAGAUAGUCAUUGCAACAUUUGGACAUUUCUUGCCUUGUAAACUGAGUUUGUGUCAUUUGCAGUGCUUUGCGGCAUGGUAUGGUUCAUGUCCAGGAUUAAAGGUAUUGGUUCCAUAUUGUUCAGAAGAUGCACGAGACCUGCUGAAAGCUGCUAUAAGGGAUCCAGAUCCUGUCGUGUUCCUUGAAAAUGAAUUGUUAUAUGGAGAAUCAUUUCCUGUCUCGGCUGAGGCUCUUGAUUCCAGUUUCUGUCUUCCUAUUGGGAAAGCUAAGAUAGAACGUGAAGGAAAUGAUGUAACAAUCACUGCUUUCUCGAAGAUGGUUGGCUAUGCUCUAAAGGACUUUGAGUUUGAUGAAUUCUCAAACGAAUACCUGGCUUUGCACCCAAUGCCAUCAACAACAAAAAAGCCAUCUUUGCUGGAAGAGCAUUUUGAAGCUGUUAAAGAAGAGGAUGAAAAGGCUAUUGGUGGUUCUGAUGCAUCAUCAGCGAGUGAAUUGUUAGAAGAUGAGUAUGAAAACACAAAGGCCAAAUCCAAGAAGAAAAUGAAGAGGAAGCUGGCAAAAGUUAAUCGGACUCUGGGAGCCCGACUUCUUGAGGAGGAAGAAGAGCUGAAUGAGAAUAAGGGAGCUGAUGAUGCUAAUUUGGUUCCUUCUAUGGAUCCUUAUGCAUAG